CGGAUGGGUUCGGCUCGUGCCUCGUUGUGCGUCACCCUGGAAAAGUGGCUCGGAGACGUGGAGGGACUGGAAGUCAGAAGUGUCCCUGCAGCGUGCAGCUCGGCGGCCAACAUGCGGCUGGAGAAACACCUGUGAUCCGAGCUGCGGAUUUAUCUUUACUGUCCUGUUCUCCCUCUGCUCCACUUUACCUCAGCCUGUCUGCCCGUCCCCGCUUUGAAUCGCUCGUCUUUAAAUUACCACAGUCGGGUGUGACCCGCUGAGCCGCCAUGACCUCUAAGGACGACUCCAAAUGCCCAGCGGUGCUGGAGGAGCGGAGGCGCAGUCCGCUGGAUCAGCUGCCGCCGCCGGCCAACUCCAACAAGCCGCUGACGCCUUUCAGCAUCGAGGACAUCCUCAACAAGCCGUCUGUGAGAAGGAGCUACUCCCUGAGCGGAGCGGUGCACCACAUAUCUCCCGGAGAGAAGCUGACCUCGGCGGGUCACAGCCUGUCCGGCCGGGCUCUGCUCAGUCAAACCUCCCCGCUCUGCGCGCUGGAGGAGCUGGCCAGCAAAACCUUCAAGGGCCUGGAGGUCAGCGUCCUGCAGGCUGCAGAGGGCCGAGACGGUCUGACGCUCUUCGGCCAGAGGAACACCCCUAAGAAGCGGCGGAAGUCCCGCACGGCGUUUACCAACCACCAGAUCUACGAGCUGGAGAAGCGCUUCCUCUAUCAGAAGUACCUGAGCCCGGCGGAUCGGGACCAGAUCGCCCAGCAGCUCGGUCUGACCAACGCGCAGGUCAUUACCUGGUUUCAGAACCGGCGGGCCAAGCUCAAGCGGGACUUGGAGGAGAUGAAAGCGGACGUGGAGUCCGCCAAGGUCGCUGGCGCUGUGGCCUAUGAGAAGCUCUCCAAGCUGGCCGAGCUAGAGAAGUGCGCGGCCGGAGGGAUGGGCGGCGGGACUGUUUCCGCGCCAGGACACACCGAACCCGACCCAGUCUCCUCCAGGUCCCACCAGGACACCACAGAGAGUUUCGACUCCAGCAGAGCGCACAUGUCGCCUCCUUCCCCCGCAUCGUCGUGGUACACAGACCGGUUGAGCAGCAAGUGUUGCUCGGAGGAUGAAGAUGAGGAAAUAGACGUGGAUGACUAAAGUUAUGUCAGUGGUCACCGUGUAAAGUGCCAAAUAACGCGAUGUUUGCAGACAAACUCUGGCUCAACAAGGAUUUCAUCCUUUGCGCACGAACAUGCAGCAAACUAUCCAGAAACAACAGUCUCAGCGGCUUGAUUUGAGAGAAGCCACAGGCCCACUGCAUCCUGCCGUGGAACGGGCACGCAUUCAGUAAACGCGUGACAGGUUACAGAGAGACA